AUGGCUGGCCCCAAGGUGGUGUCGCGCAAGGCCAAGCGCAAGCAGGAGCGCGAGGACAAGAAGCGCCAGAAGAACAAGCGCCAGCGCAAGGAGCAGGAGACGUCGGCGCCCGAGAAAGGGGGCAAGGCGAAGGCGCGUGCAGCGCUCGGCAAGCGGCCGGCCAAGCCGCAGCGCGGAGGCCCCAGCGGUGGCAUCACUAACAAGUUCCACGAGUUCCUGGCGGAGGCGGCCAGCGCGCAGAAUGGUGAGCUGUACCCAGGUCUUAUUUGGGGGUACAUGGUUACGGUGGUCCUAAUUGACUGGGGGUACGCAGGCGAGCCGCAGUCGGUGAGUGCCGAAGACAAGGAGAUCAAGGCGCUGGAGGCCAAGCUCGGACUGGGGUCGUCGUCAUCCAACAAGGCCGAGUCGGCGCUGAAGAAGCUGAAGAAGGAGUACUCGAAGGACGGUUUGGGCGAGGACUUUGCGGACUUUUUGUCCGAGCUGGACCACAUCUCCGAAGUGGUGAAGGGACGACCCAAGGCGGCCAAGGCGGUAAAGCACUCUGCCUCUGCUGGCCACGAUGGAGACGUGGAGAGCGACGAAGACGAUGAGAGCGAGGUGGAUGAAAAUGAGGGGUCCGAGGCUGGCAGCGAUUUCGGUGACGAUAUGGAGAUGGACGAGGAGACUCGACGCGAGAUGGAACUGCUGCAGGCUGAAGACGCCGAGUUCUUGAAGGGCAUGGACGAGCUGCCGACCGAUGAGUCGGAGUCGGAGUCCGAGGACCUCGCGCAGUUUUACUCGGACGAAGAAGACGAGGAGGAGGAGGAUGACGACGAAGCUCGGGCUAACACGCUGCGGAACCAGGAGCUGGCAGCUGGUGCUGAUGCCGAUGAGGCUAGUGACGAUAGUGAGGAUGACGGUGAACAGGAGGCGAACGAGAAUAACAGCGAUGACGGCAACGACAAACUGGAGGUGGAAGAGGAGAGCGACGAGGAAGUUGCCGACGAUAGUGACAAGAAUGACGAUGAUGAUGAUAACGAGGAGGAACAGGAGAAGGAGGAGAGUGUCGUCGUCGAAGAAGACAUUUACGGCAGACCGGUUAUCAGAACGAGUGAUGGCGCCAAGAAGCCGUCGGCGUAUCUGCCUCCUCACCUUCGCCGAAAGCUUCAAGCUGAAGCCGAAGCUGCUGCUGCGGCUGCAGCGACCGAUAAGGUUAAACCCUCGCAAAUGGAUGAGCAGGCUAUGCGUGAGCUGACGCGCCGUAUUAACGGCCAGCUCAACCGUAUCUCCGAGUCGAACAUGGAGUCCAUCGCGCUAGAAAUGGAAAAGAUCUACCGUGAAAACGGUCGCUCGCUCGUAAACGAGAUUCUGCUUGAAAAGCUGCUUCAGACUACGUGCCAUCCGCGACAGGUGAUGGCGCCACUUAUCAAGGUGGGCGGUGCCCUGGUGGCAGCUCUGUACCACAGCGUCGGCAGCGAGGUUGGCGGUUUCUUUGUGGAGAAGCUGGUGCGCAAGCUGAUGGACAGCGUCGAGAAGGAGAAAAAACAGCUCAGCGAGAAUGCAGGUGCUCAACAUGGCGAGGACGAAGAUGGCGACGGCAGAACCUCCAAGGAGCCUGUGAACCUGAUGCUGUUCGUGAUGAUGCUCUACAACUUCGGUGUUGUGCACUGCACGCUCGUGUACGACCUCUUCCGAGCGUUUGUGGACAGCUUCUCCUCCACCGACAUUGAACUUAUCCACCAGCUCCUGAAGAUUGGUGGUGCUCAACUUCGUGCGGAUGAUGCCGAUGCCUUACGUCAGAUGGUUGCAGCCGUUCAGCAGAAGGUGGGCGAGGCGCAGCAAGCAAACGACGGUAACCAGCCUGAGGAGCGCGUUCGAUUCAUUCUCGACCUCAUUUACGACCUCAAGAAGUCGUCAAAGCACGGCAAGGGAGGCAAGGGUGGUGCCGGCGGGGGCGCACUGGAUGUGUCGUCGCUGAAGAAGUGGAUCGGCCGUGUGAAGACGCGCUGUGGAAAUUCUAACAACCCGUUGCGUGUGUCGCUCCAUGAGCUGCUCAACGCCGACGAAGAUGGCCGUUGGUGGGUUGUUGGUGGCACGUGGGUCGGCUACCAGCAGCAGAAAUCGACCGACGAUGGUGCGGAUGACACCAACGAAGCUGUGCGCGAGAACGACCGACUGCUGAAACUCGCCGAGAAGCAGCACAUGAAUACGGACGUCCGAAAGAAGAUUUUUGUGGCGCUUAUGGGCGCAACGGACUGCUUCGACGCCUACGAGCGGCUGCUGCAGCUGCAUCUGAAGGAGAAGCAAGAGCGCGAAAUUGUUCGCGUGCUGCUGCACUGCUGUGGCCAGGAGAACAAGUUCAACAAGUACUACCUGGUGCUGGCCGAGAAGCUGUGCGAGAUGGACCAGCGGUACAAGUUCACGUUCCAGCUCGCCUUCUGGGACAUCUUCAAGCAGAUGGAGUCGCUCAAGCCGCGGAGGUUGUACAACCAAGCGCAGAUGCUGGCUGGGCUGGUGCUGAGCAGCAGUCUGUCUCUGUCGUGCCUCAAGGUGCUGGACUUCACGCAGUUGGAGGAGAAGAGCAUUCUGUUCCUGCGGGUUCUGAUGGAGGAGAUCCUCAAGUUCGAGGGCGAGCUGGAGAUGGCGCAGGUGUUCCAGCGCCUGCUGCAGACCAAGAAGGCCCAGCUGACGAUUGACGGUCUGGCCGUCUUCUUCCACCAGCAUCUGACGAGCUUUCGCGGCGAGCCCGACCUGAAGACGCGGACGCUGCUCAAGAAGCGCGUCAAGAGUGUAAAGAGUUUGCUGGACCAGCUAGCCAAGUCUGCCGCGUCAGCUGAGAAGCAAGCCAGCUUCGUGUAA